UAAUGGACGAGGGACGCCAAAAGAACUUGCAGUUGUUGGAGGAGAUUAUUGAUAAAGGUUUAAAACAGAAGCUUGUACACGCAACUGCUUCACGGGACAAGAUCUUUGAAGAACAAAAAGUACUCUCUGACUUGCGAAUAAGCCUAGAAACUCUGGAGAAAAAUGGUGUGAAUAGUCUCAAAACAAUGGUCAACCUUGGUUCAGAAGUUUACAUGCAAGCUGAAGUGCUAGGUUCGCGGCACAUAUUCAUGGAUAUAGGACUCGGCUUUUAUGUGGAAUUCACCAGGCAAGAAGCUCUUGACCAUAUUUCACAAAGGGAGGAAAGGAUUAAAAAGUUUGAUAUACCUGUUUUUUCUCUCUCUUCAAAUGCUGCUUGUUUUCAAAGUUCUGUUUGUUGCCUUAUAUUUCUGUUUGCUUCUGGGUGAAUCCAAGAAACACAUGGUUGUAUUAUCGUUACGUAUCGUGUAUGAUGAAAUGAGUUGAAGUGGAUUUACUAUAUAAAUGGUGGUUUUUGUUUUUCACAGGCAACUAGAAGAGUUUACUCGUGUUAUUACGCAGAUCAGAGGUUGUAUCAAACUGGCUCAUUACCAGAUUCAGCAAAUACUCAAUUGUCAAGAAAACAUAAUUUGGAAAAAUUUUUCUUGUUUAUUAUCAAUGGCCAUAAGGCUUCAUAUAUACACAAAGAUAUUUCCUUAAAUGGUAGAUGUAAAUCUUCCUAAA